GAUACGAGGCCGCCGGUACCUCAGAGCCGAUGUUUGAUUGGACACCGGACUGCUCUGCAAAUGAUCCACCGUACUACACAAAUCUCAUGACCCAGGAUGAGGAUGGCAAUUUGGAACUAUCAGUGCAGCCAGAUGUCACUCCAACUAGUUGUGCGAAAGGAGCAUCCAAGCGGGGCAGCAACUACAGUCAGGAAGAAAAUAUCCAGCUUUGCAAGUCUUGGAUAAGUAUCAGCAAUGACGCUAUCACAGGGACUGACCAGUCAGGCAAAGCGUACUGGGAGAGGAUCGCCGCACAUUUCCACAACUUCAGGGGCUUCCACGAACUGCUGUGCCAAGUUUCAUGGAAAUGUAUCUGUGAUCCAACACUACGAAACAAGCAGAAAUUCUCCACGAACAAGCCCUCCAGAACAGAACUCGCAUCACAGAAUCAGGAUAAGAACGAUAGAAAACAGAGCAGAUGUAUAAUAGGAAAGAUGCAGUAUCUUCUAUUUUUUAUUGCAGAUGUAUAACAUGAAUUCAGAGUACAAACCCACAUGUAUAACUACCUAGCAACUACCUAGCA